AGCUCGGUCUCUUUUGUAAAAAUACCUCCAGAGGCUUCAGUUUUCUAUUUCGAGUUUAGAUAGAAAAAGAGAAUCACCGAAGGGGAAAUUUAGCACCUGAGCAUGUCGCGUGCCAUGGCAACGAGCGUCGUACCUACACUGCGUGCGCGUGCUGUCGGGCUAUUCGUCUCCGGAGGGUCUUCGAGCUCCAGCCGAAGCGUCCUCGUCCAUAGCUAUGGUGCAGCUUGCACGCGCACGUCUUUGGUGCCCGUCCUCCAGCCAAUGUCGGCAACAAGAAAAACUGCGGAGACCCAACUACAACACGAACAUCACCUCCAAUCCAGAAGUUUCAGCUUCGUGAAAGUGAAAGCGCAAAAGGAAAAAGCUUCCACCCUCAUCAAACUGCUCCCCUUUCUCCCCGGCGAGCUCGUCGCACUGACCACCAGUUUUCUUCGACGAGAGAAAAAUGUGAAAAACCUGCUGCAGUUGAUCUACAGCCCAGCGGCGCCAAACGACAGCGAGGCGGAUCGGGAAGAGUACGAGAAGGAGCGACGGAUCUACUUGUCGCAUCUGAGGAAGCACGAGGAACUACUCGCUAAGAAGAAACAACUUCUGGAGGAAAGUACGCUGAAAGCCAUCGAGAACCUUCCGAAGGAUUUUUAUCCAGGAAAAAACACCCAUCCCCAUCCAUUUUGUGCAUGACAAAUAGUGGAUUUUAUGCAUGUUUUGCGUGACAAAUUGGAUGGGGAUGGGUGUUUUUUCCUGGAUAAUUUUUACGAGGAAGCGAUCGAGUCUGACAACGACCCGCAUCCCGAGGGUUUCCGCAAAUCCGACGUGUGGCCGAAGGACAUGCUGUUUCACCAAAUGUUCAGGCAGCAAAUCUUCGCGGAUAUGACCUUCCCCGAGAAAAAAAGGCUGCAGACCUUUCAAAACUUCAUGCGCAUCCGGUACCCGCACGCCGAGGUGAAGCGAAACGAUCCAGAACGGUUUUGGAUCCCGGAGUCGCAAUUUGUGAGCCGGCAGAGAGAAAGUGUCAGGAAUAAAAACGCCAAGAUGUCGAGAUCACUUUCGCCGGUGAAUCAGAGAAUAUAGUGAGUGGGACGAUGAAUAUGAAAUUUUUUUCUCGUUGUUUAGUUCUGGUUUUUUGUUUGGUGGCAACGGCAAAACAAUGAUCUUUCUGCUUCGGUGUUGACAUCAAAAGGCGAUGUAACGGAAGGUGUGUCCGACGGUCAAUUCGACGUCAAAUAAAGCUCAGCUAACUUCUCAGUCGCCAACUACAUGUGUUGAAGCACUCUUACCGUCUUGGCUUACGGCACAGCUGCUCGGGGGCCAUGCAGUAUAGACACAACGAGCCCAAGCGAUG